CCGAUCUCUGUCUUCUCUAACCCAAAAAAUCAAUCCAUCUCAGCUUCUGUAACUUUUAAAACCCAGUAGACUAGAGUGAUCAUUGAAGAAAUUGCACAAGUAUCCAUUUGUUACAUUGAUUUUUCGUUGGAGAAACUUCAUCUGCUUAAGGCAUAAAGCAAACACUAAGUGAUAUAGAUGAUGCUUUCCCAAACAAUGGCAAUGCUGACGAAAUCCAUUGGAGAUUUGUAGUUGUAAGGGUACGGGAAGGACAGUAAGUUGGCUGGAACUGUUCCUUUAGGCCUUCUCGUGAACCAGAAUUUGGUUCUCAGGUUAUAAUGGAUGAUGAGGUUACACAAGCUGUAGAGAAAGUGAUCAAAGAAUGGGAAGAGACAUCUUCAAGCGUUGAAAACAAUGUGAAAGCCAUUCAGAAGUUUGGUACAUCUGUUGAUGGAAUGACAAAAGAAAAGAAUUCUCACCAGAGAUUGAAUGGUCUUGCACAAGAUGGGUUGGCUCUACUUAGGUCAUUGCAAUUCAAACUUGAUCUUCUCGCACAGCAGUUGCUUACGGAAGAGCAAGUACAGUCCGCUCAUUCGACAUUAACAUCUUGGAAGGAUCAGUACCAAAGUUUACAUCUGGGACUGAGGAAUGCUAAUCUGCAAGCACAGACCAAUAUGAGAAAAGCUGCUCAGACAAAGAGGGAACUUCUUUUAGGAGGUGGAGAGGAGUGUACAAUUCGCCGGCGCAAUUUACAAACCAAGGCUGGAAUAACAAAUGCUUCAGAAAGCAUCACUGAAAGCCUUAGGCGCACUCGUCAACUGAUGGUUCAGGAAGUUGAAAGAAGUGAAAAUAUACUGGCAACUUUUGAUGAAUCAACAGGAGUAUUGAAGAAGGCAGAAAGUGAAUACAAGGGUCACCGCUCGCUACUAAUGCGGACCAAAAACCUGCUAUCCACCAUGCGGCGUCAGGAUGUUGUUGAAAGGUUAAUACUGUUUGGUGGCUGCUUCAUGUUCUCUUGUGCUGUUUUCUAUGUCGUAUCGAAACGCAUUGGAGUUUUCCUUUUGCUAAGAAAGGUUACAGAAGCUAUGAAAGCAGGGACGAUCGUACCAGGAGAUUUGGGGGCUGGGGUAGCUGAAAAUGGGUUUAAUGGAGUGCGUAUCGAUGACAAUGGUAUUCCUAAUGUGGAGGUUCCUCCAUUAGAAAUGAUGCGCGACGAAUUAUAAUUUGUUUGCUUGUCUCAGUUUUAGCACAUUACCCACUCGCCGUCUGUAUAUACAAACACUUAACAAAUUCAAACGUCUUUUGUGCUGUUUAUUUGUUGCACAACUAACAAUUUGUGAGUUGCCGACCAUGCAUGAAGGCUGUCUAUGUUUUCUAUUACCAGAAGGGUCGAAUGAUAUGUAAAGGAAACACACAAUUCCAGAGAUACCUUCAUAUUCUUUAAUUCCCAA